UAUACAGGUCUCAAGUUCUGGAAUUCUCUCGAUUCUGUGAUUAAAAGUGGAGUAAGGAAACGCAAACAAUCGCAGCAGGAUGAACGUGAGGAUCGUGCGAACAACACUCCUUUUCGGAUCUAUGGUCUUUACAAUGGGCUUCAUCAUGAACACCGUGAUAUCGGAUAGAACCAAAGAGUAUCAGCGAACUGUUGAUAAACUUCGUAACCUGAAUACCAUCAAAAAACGAAUUCUAGAAGGACGCGUACUGCAAGUAACUCCCGCAUCAGGACAAGAGUACAUAUUUUCGAAUAAAAGCAUCAUAGAUAGAAAAGUGUCACCAAAAGAUAGAAAAGUGACACCAAAAAGCAUCAUACGUGAAGACGAAGUAAAAACCUGUCAACCAAAGAGGGCGGCAGAUCGCAUGGAGAACUUGUUUGGUGGGCAGUUUAAUCGAAGCCUCUCCCCAUUCGCGACUCUCUCAUCAAUACGGUCUGCUAACUCCACAAAAUAUCCACUUCCUUUUGGUUUUCAUGGAACUGAAAGAACAGCAAGCGAUGUUGUAGGAAAGCUACCAGACACAGAUAUACCAGCAGAUAUAAAAAAGUUGCCUUGUCGUCGGUGUAUUGUUAUCGGGAACGGAGGUUUAUUAAAAGGGUCAAAGCUUGGGAGUCACAUCGACCAAUACGACGCAGUAUUCAGAUUGAACAUUGCCCCCAUCAAGGGAUACGAAUCGGACGUCGGUACGAAGACCACUAUACGAGCGGUCUAUCCCGAGAGCUCGAAUAUCGGUUCCAAAGCUUACACACAAAACUGGACCCUGCUCGUCGUCCCAUUCAAAGCAAACGACCUAAAGUGGUUGGAUACCAUCAUCGAAGGCCGCGACUUGAAAAAGCUAAAAGGAUUCUGGUCAACGACCGUCGAUUUUGUGCCCAAACCACGGAAAGACUUACGACUCUAUAAUCCAGAAAUCACAUCGGAGCUUUCUUUUAAUCUUAUUGGAAUGAAGUCGGGAAAAGGCAGUAAGAAUGUACCUACGACGGGUGCUAUGGUAAUCAUGGUGGCGAUUCGUGUAUGCGACGAGGUAUCUGUCGCUGGGUUCGGCUACGACAUGAAGCGUCUAGACACCCCGAUCCACUACUACAGCUCGCAGAAGACCAAAGCCAUCUUGUCGUCGUUUACUCACGAUAUCGACCACGAGACGAAGUUUCUUCAUAAGCUUGUCGAGCAGGGAGUCAUCAACGACAUCACUGGAGGACUUCGGACUAAACUUUGAUCUUUGGCCUCUUAGAAGUCGUCUGUGGCCCAAUGUUCAAGAAAACCGCAAUGGGAAUUUAAAAUCUAUACAGUUUUCCAGAUUGAGGUUCUGAAAUAAGCAUAAGCACAGAAAAAUAUCACAGGCUUUUACACAGAGAAAGCGCCCUUCUGAUUCUAAAAAAAGGCACAUUAUAACGCCUUGCACAAAAGGCAUAGGCCUAUAAUAAAACUGCACUCACACCGACGACAUCAGACAGACAAUUAAACAAUUAAAAAAUAAAACAUUACCCUGAAUGGCCCCAAAUCGGUCGAUUUUGAUGUAGGUUGUUCUUGGUAGACCGACGUCCACGAACCGAUAUUUACAUAAGGUAACCUAGAUCGACAGCCAACGAGGCUAAUAAUGCACAGAAUUAAUACAUGAGCAAUUAUUAUAGACAAGAAAAAUUGAGACCAAAGGCCCAUAAGACAAGACCGAUACAACAAAGAAAUGGGACAAGGAAAGAUAGAUAAACAUCGAUCAGUGCCCCAUAACACAAAGCUUUGAAAUUGAUCGUACGAUUGAUGUUUGCAAACACAAAUAUCAAUCACAAAUAUUUGUGAUAUGGGGCUAUAAGUCGUGUGGGCUCUCGGUCUAGUCACUAGUAAGCCCCCUAGAAAGUGGUAAGCAGGCUCACGAAACAGACACUGUCGGUCUAGUGGUCUGUCGGUCUUGUGAACCCUCACAAAUGUUGAGGUGUAGCCCGAUUAGGAGUCUGUUGGGGGAUCUGUUUGGGUAGUGACUGAGGUGUAAUAUACAUGACCCGUUACAAAUGGCCGACAUACUUUUAAGUACCAAAUAAAUAGACAUGUCCGGAGAUGUCGUGAUAAAGUAGUUAAUUCACUUGACUCUCAAUCUAAGGGUUGAGGGUUCGAAUCCAAGCCCGGUACUAACGUCCUUUGGCAAGACAUCAAUCAAUUUUGCCACUCUCUACCACAGUGUAAACGAGUACCCGAUAUGCCAGAACGCUACAUAUUUGGCCACCAGCUUAUGACCGAGUUAAUAAUGUUGGAGCGGUAAGAGCGUCAAGACGUGACGGACAUGUGCGAUUCAAAAGAAGCCAUUAUUCAUUCUUAUUGAAUAAAACUCGUAACAUUCCUUUUGUUUACUAUUCUGAAAUGUUAUUACUAUGUGUGUAAUUUUCUUAGAAAAAAAGAAAAUGUAUGAUUAGAAGCGAUGUUUUAAUGAUAACAUUUAUGAAUAUUUAGGGGUGUUUCAAGAUUUGUAGUCUAUCUUUAUAUUUUAUUUACUAUUCUGAAAUGUUGUUACUAUGUGUGUAAUUUUUCUAGAAAAACAAAAACAAACACGAUGUAUAAUUAGAAGCGAUGUUUUACGAUAACAAUUAUGAAUCUAAAAUGGUUGUCCGAACAAAAGUGUAAUUAUUAGUCACAUGCUUAAUAUUGAGGGCUGUAACCGAAAUUGAUUGCCAACAAUAAAAUCAGUGUUGUAAAAUCAAGUCUUUUGAUGACGUAAUUCAACCGAUGGCUGCUCAGCAAAUCAUACCUGCAAAUUUUUAGCUCUUGCCUCUCAAUUGCUUGCAUAAUAAUUAUAUUAAGUGCAGUGAUGGCACCAAUAAAAUAUGUCUAACUGAAA